AUGGCAGGGCUGGGGGGCGCGCUCACCCGGCGCGCCGUCACGCUGCGGGUGCUGCUCAAAGACGCGCUGCUGGAGCCCGGCGCCGGGGUGCUGUCCAUCUACUAUCUGGGGAAGAAGUUCCUGGGGGACUUGCAGCCGGAUGGGAGGAUCGUGUGGCAAGAAACUGGGCAGGUUUUCAAUUCCCCCAGUGCCUGGGCUACCCACUGCAAGAAGCUGGUCAACCCAGCCAAGAAGUCUGGCUGCGGCUGGGCCUCCGUCAAAUACAAGGGCCAGAAACUGGACAAGUACAAGGCCACCUGGCUCCGACGACAUCAGCUUCACAUGGCGGUAGCUGCCGCGGAUGAGAGCCCCGCCAGCGAAGGGGAGGAGGAGGAGCUGCUGAUGGAAGAUGAGGAUGAGGAGGUGGUGGCGGGGGUCUCAGUGGAGGAUAAGAACCGGAGACCUCAGGGGAAGGGCCUCUCGGAGCCUGCACACCCAGAGGCCGUGCCCCCAGGGAAGCGGGUGGAGAGCAAGCUGCGGGUGCCCGUGCGCUACUGCAUGCUGGGCAGUCGUGACUCUGCCAGGAACCCCCACACCCUGGUGGAAGUAACUUCCUUCGCAGCCAUCAACAAGUUCCAGCCGUUCAACGUGGCCAUUUCCAGCAACGUGCUCUUUCUGCUGGACUUCCACAGCCACCUGACACGGAGUGAGGUUGUGGGCUACCUCGGGGGCCGCUGGGAUAUCAACAACCAAAUGCUUACCGUGCUGAGAGCCUUCCCAUGCAGGAGCCGGCUUGGGGACCCUGACACUGCGGCCAGCAUUGAAGAGGAGAUCUACCAGAGCCUGUUCCUGCGGGGGCUGUCGCUGGUGGGCUGGUACCACAGCCACCCGCACAGCCCGGCGCUGCCCACACUGCAGGACAUCGACGCGCAGAUGGAGUACCAGCUGCGGCUGCAGGGCUCCAGCAACGGCUUCCAGCCCUGCCUGGCCCUGCUCUGCUCCCCAUACUAUCCAGGCAACCCGGGCCCUGAGUCUAACAUCUCCCCGUUCUGGGUGAUGCCGCCCCCCGAGCAAAGGCCCAGUGACUACGGCAUCCCCAUGGAUGUGGAGAUGGCUUAUGUCCAGGACAGUUUUCUGACCAAUGACAUCCUGCAUGAGAUGAUGCUGCUGGUGGAGUUCUACAAGGGCGCCCCGGACCUCGUGAGCUUCCAGGAGCCCUGGAGCCAGGAGCACAGCUACCUGGACAAGCUCAAGAUCUCCCUGGCCAGCAGGACGCCCAAGGACCAGGGUGUGGGCCACGUGCUGGAGCAGGUCUGCGGUAUCCUCAAGCAGGCCGGCUGCCCUUCGUCCCUGUGACUCAGGCUUGGAUAAUAAAGCGCAAGCAGCUGGCAGCCAUGAG